CCGCGUUGUGGCCCGGGUGCCCACGUUGUGGCCCUGGUGCCCGCGGUAUGCCCCCGGUGCCCGCGUUGUGCCCCUGGUGCCCGCGUUGUGCCCCCGGUGCCUACAGUAUGCCCCCGGUGCCCGCAGUAUAGCCCCGGUGCCCACAGUAUGCCCCCGGUGCCCGCAGUAUGGCCCCGGUGCCCGCGUUGUGCCCCCGGUGCUCGCAGUAUAGCCUGGUGCCCACAGUAUGGCCCCGGUGCCCGCGUUGUGCCCCCGGUGCCUGCGUUGUGCCCCCGGUGCCCGCAGUAUGGCCCCGGUGCCUACAGUAUGCCCCCGGUGCCCGCGUUGUGCCCCCGGUGCCUGCGUUGUGCCCCCGGUGCCCGCAGUAUGGCCCCGGUGCCCGCGUUGUGGCCCUGGUGCCCGCGGUAUGCCCCCGGUGCCCGCAGUAUGGCCCCGGUGCCCGCGUUGUGGCCCUGGUGCCCACGGUAUGCCCCCGGUGCCCACAGUAUGGCCCCGGUGCCCGCGUUGUGGCCCUGGUGCCCGCGGUAUGCCCCCGGUGCCCGCAGUAUGGCCCCGGUGCCCGCGUUGUGGCCCUGGUGCCCGCGGUAUGCCCCCGGUGCCCGCGUUGUGGCCCUGGUG